CUCCAGAACCAGCAGGCCAGAUGUGCAAAGGCUUGUUGGACGCGGAGGCCACGAGAUCAGUGUUAACGCCCGGUGCCAGUAGGUGGCAGCAGAUGCCGCGAUCACAGCUGUGGACAAUCUUUCCAUGAACACGCAGGGCUUCCUCCAGUUUUCACAAUGUGCUCUCUCUCUCUCUCUCUCUCUCUCUCUCUCUCUCUCUCUCUCUCUCUCUCUCUCUCUCUCUCUCUCUCUCUCUCUCUCUCUCUCUCUCUCUCUCAGAUUUUUUUAUGCAUUCGUUAACAGCUGUUGCGACACAAUGUGCUGAAUGUGUUGUACGGUAGCACUCUUAUGAUUUGUAUUUUCAUCACUUUUAGACUAGUGAAUUAAACCUGUUUGAAAUGUUGUUUUUUUAUGCGUCAUUACUUAAUGAACGUGUCAGUGAACACAGCGCAGCCCUCGGAUCACGCUGCUCUCCUGCUGCUGCUGACGCUGCAGGUAGCUCAGCGCUAAUGACCAGCGGCGGCCACGUGGGGCCGUUAUGUGCCGCAUUGUGCAGCUCACGGAGGCGUCUCAGACUAAAAAGAAAAAUACACUGAAUAUUACAAAUAAUGGGUCAGUGCUGUUAACUGGCAGGUUUCUCGUCUGUCAGAGGUAAAAGCUGCACCUGGAGCUGAAUGCAGAUCACUGCAUUGCACAAAAGCCCACAGAGAAGUGAUGCAUUUAGAGCAUUCACCAAACAGCAGCAAAGCACAUCUUUACUUCUCAGCCUUUCAAAGCCUUUGCCAUUAACUCAGUAGGUAAAACACAGUUGACUUGUGCACUUUGAGUAAACAGCAGCUUCUUUCUAAUGCUGAGUUGCUGUGAUGACUGACUCAGCCCCCCCUCCCUCCUUUUUGCAGCCUGCUCUAUUUACUAUGGGACCACUCCUGGGCUGCACCAGUAAUGCUUUAGUGUGACCAGUAGAGGGGUCCUACACUCACACUGAAGGGUUCUAGUGCAGCUGGGUCUGUUCUCUCCUGUCCUGCAACCUCGCUCCAUCCUCGGUCUUUAACCGCGUCCCUGCACGUUCCCACAUCUCUGCAAGACCAAGAUCUUCUCAAAGAUCGUGCAGCCAUGGCAACCUCAGAGCCAUUGCCCUGGAAAGAUCCAGACCGACAUGAAUUUGAUUAUGAUUAUGAGACGUUGCGGACCACGGGAGUUAUUUUAGCUGUCGUUAUGUUUGUCGCUGGCAUUUUAAUAGCCCUGAGUAAAAAAUUCACUAAAUGUGUAAAAUCCUCAUCCAACUCCAACUCCUCUGGUAGCCAGAUACCAAAGAAAGAAAUGCCUCCUCAAAGUGUUUAGAACAUGUGGGAUAGUUGGAGGAGAGAGAGGAAGUCACCAGUCCAGCAAAAAAAACGCUCACACACAAAUACUCCUCCUAUGGCGAAUAUACGUUUGUUCACUGGAUGAUCAAUAAACAGGGUUUUCCAAAGCA